AUGACUACAAAAACGUACCUUAAACUACUUCGUUGUGUCCAAUAUUUAGUUGGAAGCAAACUCGUUCCGAAGAAUGUAGUAUGCGACUUUGAGGGGGCGCUUAUUGGAGAGAUCCGCAUGACGCCGCAAAAUGAAGCGACAUGGGCUAUCAAAUCAAAAGGCCAAAGUGGCUAUGACACCUAA